GAACUUCUUCACAUCUUGGGCAUGGUAUUGGAAACGUUCGAAAGCUUUUGAAAGCAGAUUCAGCUGAAAAUCAACAACAGUUUAUGUGGCUGGUUUUUCUAUUCAUCACUCUUGGAUUGACAGCAGAUGACUACUUCUGUCCAUCUCUAGCAGUGAUUUGUGAAACUUUAGGUAUCAGUCAGAACAUUGCUGGAGUUACAUUCCUUGCCUUUGGCAAUGGUGCACCUGACAUCUUUAGUGCUCUGGCAGCUUAUUCUCAGAGUAAAAAUCAAACUGGAGUACAGCUUGGAAUGCAAGCCCUCUUUGGUGCUGGUAUUUUUGUAACUACAGUGGUUGUUGGGGUAAUAUCAUUUAUCUCAACGGAAAUCAAACUGACAAGCCGUCCUUUCAUCAGGGAUGUAUUGUUCUACUUGGGAGCCAUGUCAUGGACUUUUAUUACCUUAUACAAGGAAAAUAUUACUAUGGAAGAGGCAAUAGGUUUCAUAGCAUUUUAUGUUGUGUACAUCGCUGUGGUUAUUAUUGGACGCUAUGUCUAUCAGAGGUGUAAAAGGACAGCAGUGCGAGUGGAAAUACAACCUGACCCAGAGAUAGAAUCCAGUGGACAAUUUUUUGAGACGCACAACGUAGCAUGGACAAGAAAACAGUUGAAUGCUAGUCAACAAUCCAGGACAGAUUUAAGUAUCAGUACAAGAGAAUUUGAUGUCCACUGCCGAAACAAAAGCACUUCUCUAUCUAAUAGUAUGGUUUCAGGUGCCCUGAUUUCAUCGGAAAAAACCCUCAUAGCCCCAGCAUUUCAAAAUGCUCCAGCUCUUGUCAGGCAGCAUUCUGCCAAUUCAGAUGAGGAUUUGCCUCUUCUGGGAGGUGAAAGGAAAGUUACUGCUUGGAGAAAAUUUAUUAUUGGACUGGAACCAAUUGACUGUGAGGACUGGAGCAGAAGUAACAUUUUCAAGAAAUUAUUUUUGAUUUGUAAGGCUCCAGCUGUAUUUUUUUUAAAUCUUACCAUACCAGUGGUGGAUUAUGAUGAAGAGGAUCAUAACUGGAAUAAAUGGCUGAAUGUUUUACAUUGCAUAACAAUGCCUGUGUUUGGUGUCCUGGCUACAAAAGCCGGUAGUCAUUUAAUUGGUGGCAAAUUUCCUGCCUGGGCCCUGGCUCUCUGUGCUGGACUGCUUCUAGCUUUGGUUGUAGCUAUGACGACAAAGAGUGAAAAGAGGCCUCGGGGUCAUUCGUUGUUUGCCUACCUGGCGUUUGUGAUUUCCGUGGUCUGGAUUUACACCACAGCAAAUGAGAUUGUAAACCUUCUCAAGACUUUCGGUAUCGUGUUUGGUUUAAGUGAUGCACUUCUUGGCCUUACUUUUCUUGCAUGGGGAAACAGUUUAGGUGACCUUAUAUCAAACACGGCCAUGGCAAGGCAGGGGUUUGGUCGUAUGGCUGUAUCAGCCUGCUUUGGGGGUCCUUUGUUAAAUAUGUUACUAGGUAUUGGUAUAUCAUGUACUUAUGUCACAGUGUCACAUGGACAUGCAAUACUUUUACGUCACAAAUAUAACCAGUACGUGAUCUCAGCUGCAUUUCUAGCUGCCAGUCUCGGCUCUUCGGCCAUCUGCAUUCCAUUAAUGGGGUUCAGAGUGCCCCGGAUAUAUGGCGUGUAUCUUCUAACACUGUAUCUGGCCUACUUAGUGGUAUCCAUAACAACAGCUAUUGAACAUAAAUGACGGUAGAUUGUCAUAUUUCUUAUAGUGACGAUUAAGGUGAUUAUUUUAGCCACAUUGCUAAAUAUAUUUUUAUGUUCGUAAUAAGGACUCGAUAAAGUUUUAUUAAUGAAUUUCGUCUGACAGGGAAGUAUUUUUUUUUUAUCUAGGAUUUACAAUUAUGUUUUUUGUUGAAAGGGGAAAUGAGAUAAAACCGCAAGGGUUUGACUUGAACUUCUAAACUAGACCAUUUAAGUUGACGUUCAGGGUCUUCAGGCAUUGCAGUAAACUAUUUAUGAGAAAUCUAUCCCAUGUGUGUAGAAGAUUAACCAUUUUGCAUCAAGUGUUUUACGUUUCAAGAUCCAGAAUUGUAAAAUAAAUUCGAUAAUUAUUCUGGCCGUUAUGACGUUUUAGAACUUUUUGUACCCAAAUUUAAUGUAAAUACUGUUAUUUGAAAUGGUAGGUGCGAAAUUGUAUCUGUAAAUCAUCAGUUAAUCUAAAAGGAAAACCAGAAAAAUUCUUUUAUACAAUUUUGACACAAUUGCAUAAUUUAGUACAGAUUUAGUUUUAGUCUUAGAACUGAGUUCUAAGAAUGUAGUGAAUGUACGAUUUUUUUUACAAGUAAUAGUUCUAAAGAUGUCGACAUGAUUAGCUUAAAGCUAGAAACUUAAUAUGUGUCCGAGAAUUCAGAGGUCUCCAAAUAAAAAAUAUUUUGUUUAACAGUUUUA